GCAGCUCCACAGGGUAAAUUUAGCUGCUGGGUUGCUGCUGCUGCUGCUUCCCAACGUUUUGGAGACGCUGCUUGCAGGUCUACGGGCAAAUGGAGUCAUCCACGCCUGCAGUGAUGCCCCUUGCGUCCAUUUGGGCUGCAAAGAGAAGAGUCAGUAACAGCGAAGGUGGAAUUAAACUGGGGUCCGAUAAUCUGGUGGCACCUCAGGUUGAAUUAGCAGCGACUUGGGUCAAGAGAAUGCCCUCCACGCAGUUGGAUCAGAACCCCAGGCAACGCUGGCAGAAGGUGCUCUACAAGAAGCAGUCGUUUCCCGAUAACUACGUGCACCAGAGCUUCCUGGAGAAGCUCCGCAAGAAUGUCCAUGCUCGCAAGUACCAGUACCAGGCUGUGGUGUUUGAAUCCGGAGUAGUGAUCCAACAGCUGUGCAGCGUCUGCGUCUUCGUUGUCACCUGGUGGUACAUGGAUGUGGGACUUUUGGCUCCCCAGCAAUUAUUUGGGGCCGGCCUGGCGUCCUCCCUUGUUGGCUACAUCCUCUUCGACGCCAUCGACUCGGGAGCGGGGAGAAGUGAGAGCGGGCGGACACGGUGGGCAGACCUGAAGAGCUCUGUGGUCUUUGUGGCCUUCACCUACGGCUUCUCCCCGGUGCUGAAGACCCUGACGGAGUCCAUCAGCACGGACACCAUUUAUGCCAUGUCCGCCUUCAUGCUCCUCGGACACCUGAUCUUUUUCAACUACGGGGCCAACGCCGCCAUCGUGUCCAGCACCCUCUCUCUCAACAUGGCCAUCUUCGCCUCCGUCUGCUUGGCCUCCCGGCUGCCCCGCUCCCUGCACGCCUUCGUCAUGGUGACUUUUGCCAUCCAGAUCUUCGCCCUCUGGCCCAUGCUGCAGAAGAAGCUCAAAGCCCAGACUCCUCACGGCUACGUGGUCAUCACUUUGCUCUUUGCCACGGCUGCCCUGGGGGGCCUGCUGACCAUCACCAGCGUCGGCGCGGUUCUCUUUGCCCUCUUGCUGGUCUCCAUCUCGUGCCUUUGCCCCUACUGCCUCAUCAGGCUGCAGCUCUUCAAAAACAACAUCCACGGCCCUUGGGAUGAGGCGGAAAUCAAAGAAGACCUCUCCAAAUUCCUCAUGUAGACUCCUGGCCCAUGCAGGAGGUGCUGUCACAGCAGAUGCCAACCUAGAAACAUCAGUUCAGGGGAGAAGGGGGGGGGGCGCUAGGUUGAUAAAAGAUCAGCGGCCUUCUUUGGAAAACGGAAGACACAACUUCAAGGCCUUGUGCACUUGGGUAAUACGCUUUCCUAAACACCUCGGCUGCUGUUUGGGGUAGCGUCUCGUACGAUUGCAAUAUUGCUAUUGUUAUAUUGUUAAAAACAAAUACCGGGAUGUAGGAAAUGUUGAAUGGGGACCUUUGAGUGGUGGCACAUCCUUGAAAACGCACUCGAGGGAAGAAUCUGAGGGGCCACUGCGGAUCUGAGCCGCUGCAAUGUAAGCUAGUGUUUUGUUUGGAACUGCCAGUUAACAAAGCCAGGAAAAGUACCGCUCGGGCUCAAGUCUCUACGCUCCAUUGUGAUGGCAAACAAUAAACACCGUAAAGAGCUUUA